AUGGCGGCCGCCGUGCUUCCCGCCGUGCUCCUUCUCUGCCUGCUGCACGGCGCAGCGGCCUUCUCCGGCGGCCCCGUGUACGUGGGGCCGCAGGGCUCGUCGCCCGCCGCGCCCAAGCCGGCCGCGGUGGACCCCGGCCUGCAGACGACACAGACCGUGUACGGCUUCCUGGACUUCACCACCACCAUCGGCAACACCGUGAUGGUCUUCUCGCCGCAGAGCGCGCCCGCGCACACCACGCAGGCGCCCGCCACCACGGCCGCGCCCGUCAUCGAGACGAGGCCGGCCGCCGCGCCGCCCGCGCCCGCCGCCAUCCAGCCCAGCAAGCCCACGGCCACCAAGCAGCCCGCCGUGCUGUCCAGCGUGGUGGAGGUGCGCGGCGGCGAGGCGCCCGUCGACAAGGUUGACGGCCCGAUCCUGUCCAGCGUGGUGGAGGUGCGAGAGGGCCCCGCGCCCUCCGCGUCACCCGCCGCCUCGCCCGCCGUGCAGCGGGUCGUGUUCUCCAGCGUGGUGGAGGUCAAGGAGGCGCCCGCCCCCAGGAUCCUGUCCAGCAUCGUGGAGGUCAAGGAGGCCGUCAGCGUGGCGCCCCCGAAGGUGCUCUCCAGCGUCGUCCAGGUCGUCGGCGGCGACUCCCCGGCCCCGUCCGUGUCCCUGCCGGCGCCCAAGGUGUCCGUGCUGACGUCGUCCCACGACGAGCCUGCCAUCUCCGGCAACAACCUGGUCAUCGGGCCCGAGUACGACUUCCUGUCGCGCCAGCCGUCCGAGGUGGUGGACGAGACCUACAAGGUGAUCGACCUGCGGCCCAGCGCCAAGCACAAGACCCCCGGCGCGCGCAGCCGCGUCAAUGUGGUCGUGUCCUCGCACGUGGCCGAGAGCCCCGCCCUGCCGCCGUCCGGGCCGCCCGCGCCCGCGCCGUCCGGCCCCCACAAGCCGCACCCCACCGGGCUGGUCACCAAGCUGGGCGGCACCGUGGUCAAGGAGGGCGUCACCACCGUCCACGAGACGUCCGUCAUCGGCACCUUCAUCUCCGGGAAGUACGCGCAGGUCCUGGAGAGCACGUCCCACGUGAUCCAGCCCAAGCAGAAGGCCCCCGCCAUCAAACCCACCGCCGCCUCGCAGGCCCGCAUCCUCAAGACGGCCGCCCCCACCGCCAAGCAGCUGCGCCACAACCUGGACCCCACCCCCGCCGCCUCCGUGCACGAGGAGACCGCCGUGCUGCCCCUGGAGGCCCUCUUCAGCCAGCCAGGUGCGGCCUGCCCGCCGCUCGGGCGGCGCCUCCCGAAGAACGACUUCAAGGCGCGCUUUGGCUCCGGCUCGGGCCGCGCCGGCCGCCUGGGUGGCUCCCGCGAGGUGGACGCCACCGACGGCGAGCAGGACAUCCAGGAGCAGGACAUCCAGGAGGACCACGACGACAGCCAGGGCCCCAGCUACAAGAGCAAGCAGCGCCAGAGGGGCUUCAGCCCCGCUCCCCGGCCGGGCGGCAGGCCGCGCGCUCCCGCGGGACCCAGCUCGUCCGAGCAGCAGGAGUCCACCCCGCAGCCGCCGGGCUCCCGGCGCUACCAGCAGUCGCCCCGGAAGAACUUCCGCAACUCGGCCGUCGGCAGCAACUCCAUCCAGCAGGAGUCGUCGAGCGGGCACACGCGGCGCGGGUACAAGCCGCGCCUGCACACCUCGGCCGUCGACCAGGAGACGCACUUUGAACAGACCGAGGGCGUCGCCGCGGCUUCCACCGGCUCCUCGUCGCCCUCCACCAUCCACAAGUUCAAGCUGAGCAGACCCAACGGCCGCUGGCAGUACAAGACCACCCCCAAGCCCAGGAUCAACAUCCGCCGCCAGGACGGCGACACCACCCCCGCGCCGCCCGCGCUGCAGCAGGCCCAGCAGCUGCAGGAGCUGGGCACCAGCUUCUCCACCUCGGUGUCCAGCUCGUCGUCGUCCCCCAACAACGUGACCCCCGAGCAGGGCGAACUUGAGACCGCGGCCAGCGACGACCCCGACGCCCCCGAGCACGACGCGGCCGCCGAGGACGCCGUCGAGCCGCAGCCCGCGCAGGAGACCAUCAAGGUGCAGAUCUCGACGCCGGCUGACUUCAGGGACACGUACUACGAGAUCGCCACCAUCAGGUCCCCCUACACCUUCCAGGUGGGCAACAACAAGAACACCCGCUUCAUCACCGUCACCUCCACGUUCGAGCGCACCCUGGAGCCCAGCACCACCGUGGAGCCGUCUGUUCAGCCCACGCUGUCGCCGUCCGAGCCGCUGACGGAGAACAUCCUGGCCUCCACGACGGCCGCCGCCUACGACAAGCGCCUGGCCCUGGAGGCCGCGACCCUCGCCACGCUGCCGCCAAUCGCCCUGGCGCCCGACCAGGCCACGCCGCCGCUGCAGACCGAGACGGAGACGUUCUCCACCACGCAAGUGCUGCUCAAGACGCACAUCCUACCCGUGGUGCGCGGCCCCCAGAACACCACCCUGUACACGCUCGUGCAGACCUACAGCGUCACCAGGCUCGUCACCGCCAUCAAGACGCUGCCGCCGAUGGAGGUGUACCAGUUCGUGCCCAGCAAGACCCUGACCGACCUCAACACGCGCCUGGACGAGGCCGGCUCCGAGCUGCACCUGGAGCUGGACUUCGGCGAUGACGGCAACGCCGAGGACGACGACGAGAACCCCGCCGCCGUCAUGGCGCGGAUAGCGCCGGACCUGGACCUCGCCAACGUGGGGCAGGAGUUCGACCCGUCCGACGUGGACAGGCAGCGGCCCAAGAAGGCGCACCAGAGCGGCUCCCCAGCGAAUGCCGUGCAGAGCCCCACCGAGGCGCCGACCACUCCGCCGCCCAGCACGCCCAACCCCAACGCGGCCAACCCGGCGCUCAGCCCCGAGCAUCUGCAGCAACUGGCGCUACUGCGCUUCCUGAACCCCCAGGCGGCCGCCGCGCUGGGGCCGCAGGUCAUCACCACGUCCAAGCCCGUCAUUAAGGUGGAGACGCUGUACGAGUCGCACGUGAUCCCCGUGUUCAACGGGCUGGUGACGUCACUGUCCACGCUGUCACGGCCCGUGUCCACCGUGACGCGCACCGAGUUCGAGCUGGCCACGUCCACGGCGCUGCCGCCGCCGGGACUGCCGCCGCAGGGCCUGCAGCAACUGCCGCAACUGCCCCUGUUCCCGCAGCCCAACCAGUUCCAGGUCACCUCCAGCCCCCUCGUCACCCAGACCAUGGUCACCCAGACCGACUCCAAGGUCCUCAAGCUCACGUUCGGCGCCAAGACGGCCUACACGACGCUGUUCUCGACGCGCGUCGUGCCCACUCUGCUCACCACCUACCUCACCGCCAACGUGCCCGUCCAGCCCACCGCCGCCCCCUUCCCCGGCUACUUCCCCGCCCCCUUCCCCUCCUACCCCUACGUGGGCUAGGUCGGCCCGCCCCCGGGGCUGCGCGCGGGGAGCUUGCCUCGUCACUCACCCCGGACGCAGCCCGGCUUGGACCCAGUGACAGUGCACUUGCACUUCGAGCCGCCACCCCCCAGCGCCGCCGAGGCGACAGCUGAUAAUAAAAAAAGAUUUUUUUUAAAUGCAUCAUCUGCUAAAAAUACGAGUGGAUGGCGGCAGGUGGGGGGUGCUGCGACCUCCGCAAGAAGCCUUAAGGACCUUGAGUGCCUCGGCUAAGUCCCGGUGCGAAACGACUCGUCCCGACGACAACUUGUUUGGGUGCACUCUAGAUUCAGGAGACAGCUGCCGUAGACAGAGAGGUGAGUGGGAAAAGAAAUGCUCGAAUCUCACAGGAAAAAGUAUUAUUUAUUUUAGAAAAAAGGGUUUUGUGGCGCGGCGCCAUAAAGAGAUUUCUUUUGAGAUUUAUUGUAAAAAUAGUACAAAAUAUAUGGAGGUUGUGUGUAGAUUACUAUCGAGGCGGCCAACAUGUGUCUGUUCGUUGUGCCGAAAAAAAGAACGUCUUUAAAAUUAUUUAAAAUUUAUUUUGGGCAAAACACUCAAAAUGUUUCUCGGCAAAAUGUCAGAGCUCGAAUCUUAAAGUGUAUUAUUGUAAAACCAUUUAUGAAAUUAUAAUUAUUUUAUUUACCGUAUGUGCCUUAUCAUAGUUACAAAUGAUUAGAGUAAGUUUUCUACGUGAUUUUGAUACAACAGCGCGGCUUCACGUAGUAGUAGUAUGAAACAAACAUAAUAGUGGCAGUUUUUUUUCGCGGCCUUUUUCAAUAUUCCUAAUUGGGUCGUCACCGGACAAAACGUGUCUUUUUAAGGGAUGCCUCGAGAAGAUACGAUGUUAUGUUCGGUGACGAGUGGAUUCUUGUGUCCGCAACCUGUUUUCCAAUACUUCCCAUGACAUCGCUACGUACAGGAUAAUGUUUCACAUUCGAGUAACUAUGUACGUAUGUAAAAGAUUUUAUUUAAGAUUAAUGUCUUAGUUCCGUUUACAACAAAGAGGUGUUUUCAAAUGUUUCAUUCUUAGUAACAUAGCUGCUCACGUUUCAAUGUAUUGCUUUUCUACUGUUUUCUGACUGAAAGUGUGCGUGCGUGUAUGUGUGUUAGUGUAAAAUGAACGAGUGUGCGUGUGACUGUGAUGUGUAUUUGUGAUCAAUCUUUAUGGCAGGAGACUAAACGCUAGAAGAUCGUGCAAAAAGAAUAUUAUCCCGCGAACUAAAAGCUUCAGAAGUAUGAAAAUUACGGUUCGGCUCUCUCUCCUAAGCUUUUUACAGCUUCCUUCGUUUUCUGUAGACAUUGCCCGCCAGCCAGGCCCACGCGGGGAGAGCAUUUUGUAAAUAGUGUAAAUAAGGCAAGUCGCUUGCAGUUACCAGUGGUGGCGGGAGGCUGGCCCGACCAUCACCACCAAUGUAUGGCCAUCGAUUUGAAUAAAAAUUACAAACAAUUAAA